AUGCGUCUACCAUUUAUUCCCUGCCGAAUGGACUUGUACAUAGCUCAGGCCCUAACCAAGGUCUUUCGAUGUACACCAGCAUGCACCAUCCCCCAAGUUCAAGGCGAAGCCAAGAUUGAGAACCGCUGCUACAAACCCUUACUUCUCCAACGGGCAUCUCAGUCAACAUUAGAAUGGUCCGAACAGCAGAUUAGGGCAGCUUCUGGUUUAGAGGAACUGCUGCGAAUCACACACUUUGAGGACUGGAAGCUGUGGAGAUGCCGAAUGAAGCUCAAAAGUGUGACCAGCACAGACUCUCGCUCAGCAUCCCAUCGGGCCACCAGGUUUGCGGCAACUUUCUAUGACAUUGAAACCCUAAAAGUGAUAGAUGAGGAAUGGCAGCGGACCCAGUGCAGCCCCCGAGAGACGUGCGUGGAGGUGGCCAGCGAGCUGGGGAGGAGCACUGACACCUUCUUCAAGCCGCCCUGUGUGAACGUGUUCCGGUGCGGCGGCUGCUGCAAUGAAGAGAGCCUCGUCUGUAUGAACACCAGCACCUCCUACGUUUCUAAGCAGCUCUUUGAGAUAUCAGUGCCUUUGACUUCAGUACCUGAAUUAGUGCCUGUUAAAGUUGCCAACCAUACAGGUUGUAAGUGCUUGCCAACGGCUCCGCGCCACCCAUACUCCAUUAUCAGAAGAUCCAUCCAGAUCCCAGAAGAAGAUCACUGUUCCCAUUCUAAGAAACUCUGUCCUAUUGACAUGCUGUGGGAUGGCGACAAAUGUAAAUGUGUUUUACAGGAGGAGAAUCCACUUGUUGGAAUGGAAGACCACUCUCAUCUCCAGGAACUGGCUCUCUGCGGGCCGCACAUGAAGUUUGACGAAGAUCGUUGUGAGUGUGUCUGUAAGACGCUGUGUCCCAGAGAUCUCAUCCAGCACCCAGAAAACUGCAGUUGCAUGGAGUGCAGAGAGACCCUGGAGAGCUGCUGCCAGAAGCACAAGAUAUUUCACGCAGAAACCUGCAGCUGUGAGGACAGAUGUCCCUCUCACACCAGAACAUGUGCAAAUGGAAAACCAGCAUGUGCAAAGCAUUGCCGCUUUCUAAAGAAGAAGGCUGCCUGUGGGCUCCACGGUCAAGACAAUCCUUGACUCAAAUUUGUUCCUAAGUUCCCCAUCCCUGACAUUUUAAACAGCAUGCUGCUUUGCCAAGCUGCUGUCACUUUUUUUCCCCCCAGGUACUACAAAAAAAUCCAUUUUACGCAGUCCCACGGUGACUCCAGAUCACCCUUCCAUUGCACACCAGCUGAGGAUUCCCUGGUUCACUGACAGAUGUCUUCCAACUGAGAUGGCCCUGCAUACAGAGAAUGGAGAGGAGGGGACCUGUGUAAACACUUUUUCUUUCUUUCUUUCUUUUUUUUUUUUUUUUGGUGAAUGAAAAGGGUCUGAUCAUCCUAGAAUCAGAGGGGCCAUAUAAUUGAUUACUCCAAGCCCAUGAGGCAAUUUUAUAGUCUCCAAGUCCUUUGCUAAUGCAACUCUCUUGUGAACCAUUCUGACUCUUUAUUAUGCAGAUUUUGAUUUGUAGGAUCAGCCCUGAUUUUCUGAUUACUGUCCAGCUUGUAGU